GCUGAUUAAAAUAAAUUGCGCAGAGUGGUGGUGAAAACUUUAAUCGUCGUAACAAAAUUUAAGUUAAAUUAUUAAAAACAAAAACAUCAAAUAAAACAAAAAGUAAGCAGCAAACAAUAUGAAUAAGCACUUUCUAAAAAAAUUCGGAGCGCAAAACCGCAGCACCUCGAUGGCGGCGACCCCAGCAAAAAAGGCAAAAUAUGCGAACAAGACUACUAACCCGGGGACAAGCUGUAUAAGUCACGUCAAUGAAUGUAUAAUAGAAUCACGUAGAAUCAGCGUUUCGACGUCGACCAUUGGAUAUAACCUCGAACCCACCGAAGGCGUUUUGGAAGUUGUGUGUUGCAGCCACUGCAAUUUGUUUGAGAAGCAACUUGAAACAAUUGAUGGGAAGCUGGAUCAGCUCCUUUUGACUGUCGAAAGGCAAAACACCGCGAUUAUGGAUGCGAUUGCAAGCCAGAAAGUGGUUACACAGCAAUUGGUUCGCCAAGAGACGCAAAAUGUACCUGUGGCAAAAUACUUCCCUGUCUGCGAUAUAGCGGAAAUGGAGGAGCUUGAGGCAAAAAUUUCUUCUGCCAACAAGGAUGUAUAUGAAUUUGUAAUAGCAUCAAUUUUAUGUAAUAACAUGAAAAAUAUUUCACUCGUCUUAAAAACGGACGUCAUUGUAGCCUUAAACCUUGAUGGUUCACAUGGAAAAAUUGGGCUAAAAAAAUUUCCAAACUUUUAUACCGUGUUGACAGGAGCCGUUGCCAAGUUACCAUUCAAGGGAUCGACGCCGGAAGAGAUGCUUAGAAAAGCCAUCCAUUUUGAAAAGGCUAAAUAUUUUAAAAAACUUUACCGCGAAAAGAAAGAGAACAAGGAGAAUUAAGAUCUUAAAUUAUUC